AUGGCGCCCCUCAUCCUGCACAAUGUUCCCGACGACGAACUCUAUGUUGGCGAUGAUGGCGUGAAGAGGCCAUAUGCCAUGGUUUUCCCACAACAAGAUGGCCUUCCUGGCGUCCGAUCCCGACGAGGCGUCACAGAAACUGGUUCCUUUGGCCGCUCCACACGACGCUCUCGCUCUCGAACAGGCACGCCCGCGCGCCGUGAGAACCCAACCCUCGCUGCCGCCGACAAGCUCUUCGGCAGCUGGGUUUCCAACAAUGCUGCGACAAACACCAGCGCCAACACAUCCGCACCCGCCGGCAACCUGCUGGGCAACGCACCGCAACGCAAAACGAGCAGCCAGCACCUUCAACAGGACGACGCCGCCGCCUCGGGCGCGUCUUCAACUCAGCGCCUGCUCAAGUCAGAGCCCACAGAAGUCAUUCUCCGCGGCUACCGCUCCUCCGCCCAGCAGUACGCCGCCAUCAACCACUACGAGCACCUCGCCGGUCUCAUCUGCGAGGACUACCCCCGCGAGCCGCCCCCGGAGCAGCGCCGCUACAAGGGCGACCUCCGUGACCCGGCCUUCACGCGCCGCCGCGCGCUGACGCCCGAGGAACGCGCCAAGGUCAACAGGGCCGAUGGCGGCGAGCAUUGGGUCAAGGUCACCUUCGAGAGCCUCGAGGCUGCCGACGCCGCCCUCUUCUCGAGCCCCCAGACCAUCCAGGGCUGCCAGGUCUUUGCCGAGCUCUACCGCGGCUUCCCGCCUCACAAGGACGAGGCCAUCCUCGACGCCGACAGCCUCGUCGCCUCGAUCGACGAGCACCACCGCUCCCAGUCCGUUCCCGGUCCCGGCUUCGGCGCCUUCGGCACGAGCGCCCGCCGCCGCGCCGGCUCGCGCCCCGGCGCACCCCAGCGCACCCACAGCGACCUCUCGCCGCCGGGCUCCCACGCCUCCUCCCAGACCCUCGACACGGCCACCCUCUCCCAGCGCUCCGCCACAACCUCUUCAGGCACCCUGCCCCUGACGACGACACCGGCCGCCUUCUCCUCGGGCUCCGCCGCCGCCGCCACCAUCGACCCCAAGGACGACCUCUUCUGCACCCACAUCCCGACGGCCCGCAAGGUAACCCUGAAGCCCGUCGAGCAGGCCAUCCUGCCCUCGCAGAGCUUCACCGCCAAGCUCCUCGCCGCCGUGCCUUUUCUCAUGUGGUUCGUCGGCGGCUUCGGCGCCAUGAUCGGCAACGAGGUCCCGCGCAGGGACGACGGCGACUUUGACUAUGACCGCGCGAGCCUCUACUGGAAGUUCAUCUGGUGGCUCGACGCCACGUUUGGCCUCUUUGGCGGCGAGAUUGUCAGCGCUGUGGACAAGGAUGACUGA